AUGGACGGGUUCACGUACGACGAUAGGAUACAACUCAUCAAUCUCCAGCUUCCUCACGAUGUCAUUGCGCCGAACAUAUGGGGCGAGCUCAAAGCACAGCCGGCGCUCGUCUCGCUCAAAUUGGGCCUCAUGCAGGGGAUUGAGUCGACGGCGAGUAAUGAUGCACUGGAUCAAAAUACCGUCCAUUACGGAGAAUUGGCGAAGCGGAUUCGCGGUGGCUGCACCGCCGGCCAAGGGCUUGACGCCCUUUUCGCACUCUGUGAGCGCCAGGUCUUCCAGAUCGCCAGAAGGGAGGAUGCGUCCUCCAGAAUACGUGACAUUGAGAUCACCGUGACGUUUCCCAAGGCUAGUCUCUAUGGCGAGGGAGUAGAGUUGGUGCAUUCGAUCACGUGUGACGGGCAGGGUGCGCGGAAGACUCACUUCUAUACAUGGCGAAUCAAAGAGAUGAAAGUGAUGACGCUGAUUGGCGUCAACGCGUACGAGAGGAGGGCGAAGCAGCCGCUUGUGGUGCAUCUUCAGUUCGUGCCCUCCGCGGAGCCCAAACUAGCGGAUCGAACGUAUUUGCAACAACUAUUCGGGGUGGAGCAGAGCUUUGCGCAGCUUAUCGAAGAUUCUUCGUUUGAGACGUUGGAGUCACUUGCCGAAUGGGUAGUGAAGCAGCUUGCAGACAGACUGUCGGCUCAGAAUAUCCCUUGUGAGGUGAUAAGGCUGAAGCUCGAUAAACCGCGCGCCAUUGCCUUUGCCGAUCACCCAAGCGUGGAGAUUACGCGAAUGCUGGGGAAUCGACAGCGGUAG